AUGGCCGACGCUUCAUGCAGCGGCGGAACGCCGUUCAAGCAGAUGCUGGACCGCCAGGCGCGCGAUGUCAGCCAUCACCAAGACCGUCUGGUCAACGGCAACCAGGCCCGCGGAGCGUUCCGAUCGAGACCCCAGAACAUGGCACAAGGUCCCCAAGAAUUCGAUGCCUUCAUGGGGACUCCAGUCGGCCUGCCAGGCAUGCACCACGACCCCGCGAGCCGACUCGCCGCUCACGCCGCCGCUCUCAAUCCCGCACAGGCCGCCGCGAGUUCCUUUGGCCCGGCGGUCGCCCCCGAAUUCGCAUACCAGACACCCACCGCCGCUCCCGGGAUGGGUGGUAACUGGGCGGCCGACUUUGCUAGUUUUGCGGCGCAGCAGCCGCAACGCCAGCCCAUGCACCAGCAGCCACCGCGCCAGGGUCCCAUGUUUGCCGGCGCCGCCAACCCCAUGCAUAUGAACUUUCAAAGCGCCUUUUCACCGCAACAGUCCAACCUUUCUCCCUUUUUCGCGCCGGCCGGCAGUGCGUACGCCCAGCCGCAGGCGGCCGGCGAGGCCGACUUUGACCAGGAGAUGGCCAAGUGGAUGGCCAGCAAUACGGCCACCGGCAACAUGACGCAGGUGGACGCCGCCAUGGAGCAGAUGGCGCGAGAACUGGAACUAAACGAGCAGGCGCUCGCAGACGACGCGCAGGCGACCACCGCAACGGAGACGGAUGACAAGCACUUUUCGGACCUCGGCGUGCCUGAGCUUAACAACCUGACGCUAGAAAGCCGCGAAGCGCCCACCAUUACGCCGCCGGAGCCGCUAGAGGAGGAGAACACGGCUGCUGACAUGCUCGCCGACGACGACGCGCGCAACAAGUCGGCCGUGUCCGAGGCGGCGGAGCGGCUGCUCGAGUCGGUGCAACACGAGAGCGGCGAAAAGUGGCAAAAUUCCGUCUUCCUCGCCCUCAUGCGCGACUUUCGCGACGGCAAAAAGGACAUUGUCGGCAACGAGGUGCAGCCGACCGAGGGCGGUGCUUCUUUGGGCGAUGAGGGUUCCGCUGCGGCGGUGGCCAUGGCAGCAAGCCUCGGCGACCAGGCGCCAGCGACGUGA